UUCACUCAACGAGGAAGAAGAAGGGAAAAUGGAAACCAACCCAUACCUUACCACCAUCGUCGACGCAAAAGGAGAAGGCUUUACAGAGAGAAAAUUGUAUUUUUGACGAGUGAUUAAUUAAACGGUGAGGAGAUGAGAAUCUGAAAGCUUCCUCUCAUACGCAAAAACAAGGACGCUUUAGUCGAUUAAAUUCGGUGGUUAUGGCGGAGCCAUCGUCGUCUUUAUCGGCAUCCAAGGACGACCUCAUUCAGUUAAUCAAGCGCCUCGGAACUUAUCUCUCCGGCAACAUAUCCAACCUCUUUUCGAUCUCUGUCCAGAAACUGGAUCCACGAUCUGUUGGGGCUAUUGCAGGUCUUGCUGUUGCAAUAAUCUUUACCUAUAGGUUGAUGAGAUCACCUGCGGCACCUCCAAGAAGGCAACCAAAACUUCAAGCUCCAAGAACUAGAAACUCUGCUCUCAGUACCCUGUCAAAUCAAACAUUGAUGCCUUCUGGAGUUAAUUCAUCUUCAGAUGAUUUAAGAGCACAAAAUGUUGUUGAUGAGCUUUUCCAGCCAGUAAAGCCAACGUUGGGGCAAACAGUUAGGCAGAAAUUGAGUGAAGGUAGAAAGGUAACAUGUCGUGUACUUGGAGUGAUCCUUGAGGAAAGCAGUCCAGAGGAGUUGAAGAAACAAGCAACUGUAAAGUCCUCUGUGUUGGAUGUGCUAUUGGAGAUUUCCAAGUUUUGUGAUCUUUAUCUCAUGGAGACAGUUAUUGAUGAUGAAAGUGAAAAAAAUGUUCUUCUGGCCUUGGAAAAUGCAGGGAUUUUCACCUCCGGUGGUUUGGUAAAGGACAAGGUUCUUUUUUGUAGCACAGAGAAUGGGCGGACAUCUUUUGUUCGGCAACUAGAACCAGAUUGGCACAUUGACACAAAUCCUGAAAUAGUUUCUCAGUUAGCUAGGUUCAUCAAAUAUCAGCUUCACGUUUCUCCUGUCAGACCUGAACGGACUGCGGCUAAUGUCUUCAGUUCUCCAUCCUUGGAACACUUCUUUGGAUGUGUUUGACACUUGAGCUGGUAAAAAGAUGCAAAGAUGUUUUAAAGUUGUUCUUUACUCCCCUUUGGUCUCUAUGUACGAGCGACCCCUUGUGCGGUUGUGCUAAUGUCGGUUUUUAGGAUAAAAGACAAGAUUUAUUUGUCUGAAAUUUGUGAAAUAGGGUUCACAUUCGAACCCCAUGCAACAAUUAAUGAUUGUAAUCUUUGUUACUCGUAGGAUAUGCAAUCAUAAAAAAUAACUUUGUUGCU